AUGCCACCCAAACGCAAAGGAAUCGGAGUCGCGUCACCAACUGUCACAAAACGCGUUAGGACAGACGACAAAAAGGAUGUGAGCAAAAAGAUCUCAGACUUGUUAAAGGUGAUUGAGGAGAAGAAAAAUUCCAUUGAUCAGCUUUUUCCUCAGCCUCCGGGUAGUAUAUGCCACAUACAUGAAGAUUACAAUUGCGCUUUGAACCAAACUAAUAUUCAGCAAAACAAUAAUAAAUUCUACAUUAUACAGCUGAUUGUUAUCGACCAGCCUUCGCCGACUUACACCGUUUGGACCCGUUGGGGUCGUGUGGGUGAACCAGGUCAGUCAGCUCAUUUGGGGCCAUUCCACGAACUACACAAGGCGGUCGCUGCUUUUGAGAAGAAAUUCGCAGAAAAAACUGGCAACAAGUGGCCACAACGGUCCAAAUUUGUCUAUCGUCCUGGAAAAUACGAUAUGGUCGAUGUGAUCGACAUGGCUUCAGAACCUGUUGGACAAGGGUCGACCGCAUUAUCACUCGCGUCCUCGCUGGGUGUGCCCUCUAAGCUAGACAAUGCGACGCAGUCAUUCAUUCGACGAAUAUUUGACCGCAGCAUGUUUGAAUUCACUAUGAAAGAAAUGCAUUUAGAUGUGAACAAGAUGCCCUUGGGAAAAUUGAGCGCCAAACAGAUUGCUUCCGCUUUUGAAGUAUUAACAGACCUCGGUGAAGUGUUGAAGAACAACAAAACAGGGGACAUUGACAUUCUGUCAUCGCGUUUCUACACACUGUUUCCUCAUGCAUGUGGACGCCAGAGGCCACCACCGAUCUCGGAUCUGGUGGUACUUCGAGCCAAGCUUGACAUGCUGCUUGUUCUGUCUGACAUGGUGCUCACUCAAGGGAUACAAGAGAAAGUUAAACUGGAGGAGGAUAAAGUGAACGUUUUAGACGAAAAGUACGAUCUACUGGAAUGUGAACUCCAGUGGUUGGACGAACAGGAUGCUGACCGUAAACUGAUCUUUGAAUUCUUCAUGAAUACCGGUGAAAAGGGCUACAAAAUACUCAACGUUUGGCGCGUGAACCGGGCAGGCGAAGCAGAGCGAUACAAGCCACAUCGUAAGAUGGAUAAUCGUCGACUUCUCUGGCACGGAACCAGUGUGGCUGUGGUCGCCGCAAUCCUCAAAACUGGUCUUCGAAUCCUUCCUCACUCUGGUGGUCUCGUGGGCAAGGGGAUUUACUUCGCUUCGUUAGCAGCCAAGUCACAACACUAUGGCAUGUCAGACGCUGACGGCCAUCGGGUCAUGUUUUUAGCCGAAGUUGCCUUGGGAAAUCCACAUUCCAUCUACAACUAUGAUUCCUCCAUCAAGGCACCGCCUGCCGGCUACGACAGCGUUAUUGGUGAAGGGGUAUCGGAAGCCGCUUCGGACACCUUUGUCGAAGUUCGAUUUCCAGAUAGUACGGCAAGGGCCUUCACUAGCACACCGAUACAGCGCAAGCACCAAUCAAAUUUCCACUACAGCGAAUAUCUCAUUUACCGCGAAUCACAAUGCCGUCUGCGUUUCGUCAUUGAAUACACUCACAGCUGA